UGCCAUGCUGCUGCCGGGGUCCCUCUCUCACAGCAGGACGGCCAACCAGACCAGCGACAUCAGGAAGAAUCUACGCGUCAGGGACCCAUCCGAAAAUCCGCAAUACGAUCCAGAAAAAACAUAUUGUGUGGAAUUUGAGGUGUUGAAAGCUUCCAAAGCAUGCAGAAAAGAACCAAACUACAAGGCUUUGAAAGAAGGCGAACGGGUCUGCGUGCGCUGCGAGGCCGAAGCCUUACACGAAGGUCUGGGUUGGAGAUGCCAAGGACACGGAGUGGAGGGUCGGAUCACCCGGUGGUCAGCCCUGUCGGCCCGCCACUGUCACGGGAAGUGGCUGAGGGCACAGGCCGAACCAGACAGAACGUGCUCGGCCAGGACAUGCAAGAACGAGUCUCAGUUCAUCUUCGUUUAGAAAGUGCCCGAAUUUUUUCAUUUUACGAAAGGUGACCCAAGAUCUACAUAAGCCAUUAUAGACUAUCAGUUUAGGAGUUUUCUUUUCAAUUAGUUUUGCGAGCUUUUUUCCAGUUGUAUGUUGAAUUUUUUAAAUAAUUCUUCAAAAUUGAUGGUCUAUGUCAGUUCAGCGAGAUCUAAAUUAAUAAGUUGAUAGAAAAAAGUGGCUUCGGUUUGGUUUUUGUUCUUUUUGCUCGAUAUAGGUCUACUGAACUGUUUGCCAAGGACUUUUAGGAAAAUGGUGGAUGUUUUCAGUUUAAUUUUUGAUCAAAUAUAUAGUAAAAAAAGUUUUUCUUAACCAACCAACUGCCAGUUCUGUUUAACAUUUCUUUAUAAUGUUCAAAUCGAGAUUCCACUUUUCCUAAAUCUGCCCCGUUGCAUAUUUAAAAUUUUUUUUGACUUUGAUGACUAAAAUUUGGGGUUUUACAUUUAAUUUGACUGAUUUUCUAGCUAAUUUUGCAAUAUUUUAUGUAUUUGUAGUAUUUUACUUCAUAUUGGUAAAGGAUGAUUCAAAUUAAGUAUGAAAGACUUCAGUAGGCAGUUGUGCAGAAAAAAAUUCAUAUACAUGUGUUCUAGAACAUGGCUCAGCUAUUAAAUUAUUUUUUUCCAUAAUUUGGAUCUGUCUCAUUUUGUUAUUUACUGUCAUACUUUUUUCUUUUUUGUUUGAUCCAGCUACCAGUGACUAUUUGAAAUUAUAAGUACCUUAAAAAAAUGCACCUCUGAUUUUUCUUUUUUUUUAUGUAUGUUAUCUUUGUUACUUUCAUUUAGUGAAGGUAUUCUUUUCUUAUGAAAUUCAGUCUAUCAAAAUUGAUGAAAAAAAAAAUACAGUUCCAAAUGACCGUAUAACCAAUUACAAUUAAAUAAUGUUUUUAUGUUAUCAUUAAUAAAAUUGUAUUUUUCUGUUAAAUGAAGCCUUGAAUAAGUUGUAGACGGUAUCUUUUGUUCAGUACUAAAGAAGGAUUGUGAAAAAUUAGAAGAACUGGUGGUACGUUUGUAAAGUAAUGUGGUUGCAAAUUUAUGCCAAUCAUAUAUCAGAAGUGGGAUAUUUUAGGACAUACGUUUAUAUGAUUUCUUUCUUAAAAUGAACUAAGAAAUUGGCUCCUGAUUUAUCUUUGCAGAUGUUUUGAGACGCCCUGUACGUCUGUCUUUCCAAAAAGUGCAUACCGUCACUUUCGGUUGUUUGUCAAAAUUUGCGGUUAGACUGUUUAAAUAAUAACGUUUAGUAUUAAGGUUUUUACUAUAUAUUUUAUAUGAUGUGUUGUGCAAUGGUAACCGAUUGAUUUUUUAACCAUCAUUAACAAAUUUAAAGUGUUUUUUCUUACUAAAAAAAUAUAUAUUAACCCUUAAUAUAGCCUGUAUGUUAGAUUUACUUGAAUAUUGUUAAUUGUAAUCUAGUAUUUCAUAUCUAAUAUUUUUAAUAAAUAAUGUAAAUAUACGAAAAUAUCCUUUUGUAGUAGUACAUAACCUAUUUUUGUCAGACAUAUCAGGUUAAAGAUAUCAUGUCAUGUUAAAUAACAAUAAA